UUCAAAGUGUUUGUACGGGUUGACUGUUAUGUGGGAAACUUCCUUGGGAUGCAUGUGAUGUGAGCUGUAACUACCAAAAUACUAAAAUGUGAACAUAUGGGAAGGGAAUAGCUUGAUCCUCUAACCUUCACUUUUUUUUCCUAGUCAUCUAUCCCUUGUCUCUUCCUCCCAAAGCUCAACUUUAUAAUCAUGCACAUCUUUCAUCCUUCUUUCCUCCCCAUACCAACCAAUCCUCAUUCCUUCUCCCACUUACCAGUCACUAAUUUAUACAACUCAUUCGCAGAGAGGGAUCAAAGAGAUCAAGUGCAAGAACCACAUCGAAGAUGUCGGAUUGGGGGUCGGUUUUCGUAGCAGUGGUGCUGUUUAUACUGCUCACUCCAGGGUUGCUGAUUCAGAUGCCUGGAAAAAGCCGAUUCGUAGAGUUUGGCAACUUUCAGACUAGUGGAAUCUCCAUACUGGUUCAUUCCAUUAUCUACUUUGCUCUCAUCUGCAUCUUCUUAUUAGCUAUUGGUGUCCACAUGUAUGUUGGCUCAUGAUCAACUCAAACUGCCACAGAUAACACACCCAAUUCUCAUCUCAACUCUACUAUGUAAUACCCUUUAAGAAUUUAUCUCAUUUACGUUUCAGGUUGAUGAU